UCUCUCUUGUCCCUGCUGCUCACUCAUUUGUGAGUCCAGUCUGGUGUGGAAGCGGGUUGGAAGAUGGCGCUCAUCAUGCAGCAUUCUCUGCUCGCUUUACUUCUUCUAGGAACUGACGUGCUCAUCAGGAUUCAUGCUCAAGAGACUGCCGCUUCUGAGGCAUGGACCACCAAGUCUUGCAAAUGCGACUGCGAUGGAGCCGAAUCUCCAACAGAGUUUUCCAUCCUGGGGUCUGGCUCUAUGGUGAAAGGAGUGGAUUGCAUGCCAGAGUGUCCGUAUCACAGGCCUCUUGGAUUCGAGGCAGGAUCUGUGAGUCCAGACCAAGUCACCUGCUCUAACCAGGAGCAGUACACUGGGUGGUUCUCCUCAUGGCUCCCGAGCAAAGCCAGGCUCAACAGCCAAGGCUUCGGGUGUGCUUGGCUGUCCAAAUUCCAGGACAACAGUCAGUGGCUCCAGAUCGACCUGAAGGAGGUGAUGGUGGUUUCAGGGAUCCUCUCUCAGGGCCGCUGUGACGCCGAUGAGUGGGUCACCAAGUACAGCGUCCAGUACCGCACAGACGAGAAGCUCAACUGGAUUUAUUACAAAGACCAAACUGGAAACAACAGGGUGUUUUAUGGAAACUCUGACCGCUCUUCAUCCGUCCAGAACCUCCUCAGGCCGCCCAUUGUGGCUCGCUACAUCCGCAUUCUCCCCCUCGGAUGGCACACUCGCAUUGCUCUGCGCCUGGAGUUGCUGCUCUGCAUGAAGAAGUGCAUGUGAAUCUCUCCUCCUUGUAUCCCUCAAAGCGUUGUCCCAGACCCUGCGUAGCGUUUGAUUAUGUAUUCACAGGUCUCCUGAAAAACAAAUUGACCCUGAAAUAUUCAUGACCUCGAACCGUUUUUACAUCCGACGUGCUUCCAUUAAAGUAGGUUUGUUUGAUAUGUACAACGUGCUUUCAUUCAGUCCGCUCUGCUUUGUCUGUGCUACACCAGUCUCUCUCACCAUUCUCAAUGAGUGGCUCAGUUUGCAAUGAAAUGGCAUAAAUUCAAAGCAAUAAUUAGUGGCUGAGGAGAAGAGGCAGCGUUGCUAUGAGGGGCUCGUCGCCACAGGUUUGUGGUGCUGUGUGAAGGAACCAGACAGUCCAUGAAAUACACACCGAGUCUAUUAAUAAGUUAAAUAUGUUACAUUAUGAAAAAUAUCUCACAUAGAUACAAAAAACAGAACUGUUUCUGUUUUUGAACCCAGAAUAGCGAGAUAGUUUGAUUUUAUUCUCUUUCCAUAAAAAAGGAUAAUUAAUUAAUGUCUUUAGCAGAAGGUGAAAGGUUUCCUUGUGCACUUUGUCUUAAAUUGAAGAUGGUAAAUAUGUUCUGAAAAUUAAUCUGAGUUAUUUUAAGUAUUUAUUUUCUGAUAGAGUUAUGUCAAAAGCGCUUACUGUACAGUUUGUUUCUCUCUGGUUGGCAAACUGGGCUCAUGGAGCGAUGAGGUGCAACCCAUAAAUAAUGAUACGUGAAUGUAAACGGCCAAUGUGCAAACAAUAAGAAUGAUGCAGAGGCCAAGUUUUAAUUUAUGUAUAAUUCCAAAGAGCAAAUGCAAAAGCUCCUUAGGUAGAGAUCUAUUUAGUGUGAAGACAAAGUUGGUUUACAAAAACAGAUCAAAUCUACAUUUUACUACAAGCAUAUUUUCAUUUGCUUCGUCUCAAACUUUUUGAAACCUGUGAUUUAAACCAUAAUUUCAAUGACUGUCGAAUGUGAUCAAUAUUUAACUUCUUAUCCCGAGUGACUUUAUGAUCCAUGGAAUGCAAACAGAAACAUUCAGUAGGUUUAUAUUUCAGGAUGCCUAAAUAGGCCUGCUUUCCAUUUAAAUACCUUCUCCUUUUCUUCUUGUUGGCUUAUUUUUUGUUAGUUCUUUUUCCAGGUAGCUUCACUGUUGCUAUAUUGUACUUGUGAUAAAAUGUCUAGUUUUUUUCCCACGAUGCUUUGGGAUGCACUCCUGAAUCGAAGGCGUGUCCUUUAUUGCACCUUUAAAUUGUUUUCCUAGAUUAAACCCACACAGGUGUCAUGUCUGUUUUUUUUAAUUACUUUUAUGUUGUGUCUGUGGAACAAAAGAUACGACUCAUGCAAAAAAUGUACAGUCGGUAUUUAUUAUGAGACCCUAUCAUAUUUUAAUUAGAAUGGUCAGCAUAGAUACACUCUGCUAUUUGUAUUUACACCCUGUCAGAGGUGGAAAAUAGCUAAUGGAAAAACAGAAAAUAAAAUAGAAGAUGUUUUAGGAAACACAUUCAUAUUUGGGAACAGAACGUCAUCUUCCCGUGUUUGAGUGACUGGAGCCUUUUGUACCAAGAACUGUUGAGUCAGUGAGCUAACUGUAAGGCUUUGGGUCACUGGCAAGGCAAGCUUUGUCACCCCUCUGUCCACAAAGGACAUAAACAAACCCACAUCAGCAGUCAUUUACAAUCAUUAGCACUAAGUGUUUGCACAAUUGCACAGCUUUAUGGGACAUUUUCACUGUGUUUGAUAUGAGCCAAGCUCAGGGUGAGAUACAGUAGCACUGGGAAAAUAUUGCAGAAUGAUGGAACUAUCUUCACUUUCCUGCUUCACAAUAUACUGCAGGAAGUCGUCUUUGCUUCAAUUUAAUUUUUAAAUGUGACCAACCCAUAUUACUUUGAGAUUAUUUCUGGAUGUUAUUGCUUUCAAUCAGCCAUGUUGUCAAUUGGUUCUCCAUUAAAUUAAAGCUGCAUUCUGGUAGACGUGAUCUUUAUGUUCAUCUUUGAAUAAAAUGUGUAAUGAUUCCAAUAUUUUUAAAGGAGGAAGGAACAAGGAACACUGUUGGAGAUUAGAGGAGAAAUUGCAUUAUAACUUCACAUAGGCCUCAAAGUGUUAUCUUUUUUUUUAACCACCCACAUGUCACAAGAUAAGCUGAUCGUUUUAAAAGUUAUUUUAAAUAAUCGAGUUUUGAGUAAAUUCAUCCCUGAUCAUGACUGCUGAUGUUAAAAGUAAUGCAAACAGGGAAAUAAAAUUUCAGAUGUUUAAAAUUGUUUACAAAAGAGGCAUUUACAAAAAGAUGAUGGCACAAGCUUUAAAAUGCACACAGAAGAUGUAAACAUAGAUUACAGAAUAAGUCUGGGAUCAUUUUUUAUAGCCAGUUUUGACAGUAAAAUCCAGUCCUAAAACUAAGCAAAGUUACAAAGAUUGUAUCGUUUGCUUCAUUUGGCAUUUAAAAAGUUAGAAUAGAUCAACAUUUUUGUUAUAGUAAAAUAUUUGAAGCUUUCUUUUUGAAGUUCUUCAUCUGUGAAGAUGCAACUACUUUAGACACCUAACCCAUCACUAAAAUGAAGAGUUUUGAAAUUGAUUAACUUGUACAAAUUGACAGAAUAUAUAUA